AAAUUUAGAUCUGUGUCCCUAGAAAAACACGUUAUAAAAAUGACUGGGCAUUCUCAACAUUUAAACGGUGGCAAGAAGAACGCAAGUCACGGUCAAUUGCGGACAAUUUGGAAUUACCGCAAAAGUGCUUGACAGAGGAUAUAGUCGAAAUGAGCCUAUCUACUAUGAACACCGCUUUCAAAUAUUUACUUUUUGAGGCGAGGAAACAGGACGGCACCCAGUACAUGGCGGAUACUGUACAUCGACUGUUUACCGCUCUUCAGAGUGGCUUGAGGCUUAAAGGGCGAAAGAACAUUAAUUUGUUCGAGGAUCAACAGUUUGAAGAGAGCAGAACAUGUCUGGACGCUUUAAUGAAGGAACUUUCUGGGGACUGGGCAGCUCUGCCAGGAAGAAAACUGAAACUAUAUCAAUGGACGACGAAGAGCGCUUGUGGAGUAGCGGUUCAUUAGGCGAAGACGACCCCCAGCAACUUGUGGAUACGGUUCUUUAUCUUACCGGUUUGCAUUUCGCACUGCGAGGAGGAAGAGAGCAUACAGCGCUGAGGCUGUUCUCGAACCCCCAAAUAACAGGUCCCCACACUGACGAUAAUGGCAGAAAGUAUCUACUCUACACGGAAGACGCGUCAAAGACUAAUCACGGCGGCCUGAAGCACAGGAAGCUGGUACCGAAACAAGUUCGAGCGUAUGAGAACACGGACAACCUUAAAAGAUGUUUUGUGCGUCUCUUUGAAAAGUACAGGUCAUUGUGCAAACCUGGUCAACAUACUGAAUACUUCUACUUCACUCCAAGAAGGACUAGAACGUCGAAAGACUGGUAUACUGCAAAUGCCAUCGGCCACAACACCUUACAAGUUACCGUCAAAAGACUGUGCAAGACGUCCGGUAUUCAGGGCAUGAAGGCAAACCAUUCCUUGAGAGCCACGGCAGCCACUCGACUGUAUCAAGGUGACGUUGAUGAACAAAUGAUUUGCGAAAUUACCGGUAGGUUGAUAAACAUUAUAGUCUUGCAGUAAUAAGAAAUUGUUAUUCAGCAAAAGUCAUAACAUAUCAAAGAAAUAUUUUUUCCAAACCAGUAAGAAGGUCUUUUUUAUUUAUGAUAUAUAUGGUAAUAUUGGUGUUUUUGGAAUCUGUAAUAGUUUUUAAGUGUAUUUGUAUGCUGUAUGUGUAAUACUUUCGAAAUUACAAGAGAACUUCCGACAACCAAAAGGCAACGGUCUCUGACAUACUUAGUAUGUCGAAAAAAAUGAACUCGCCAUCACGUGAAGAAGCUGAUCCGAAAAGAGCAGAUGACCAAAGACCUGAAGACAAACUAAAUCGAACUGUGACGCUCAAUUUCAAUUUCAACUAA